CAGUCUCUGGAGCGUGUGUACGCGUGUGUGCGCGUGUGAUUAUGUGUGUUCACUUCAGUCAGCAGCAGGCAGACGUGCUGCUGGAUCCGAGAAAGUGAGACCGCUGCGGGACACUUCUUCUUUUUGGGGAAACUUCGCAUCGCUACGACUCGUUGACUCGACUCGCACUGGAGUCCGGCUACGUUUAGUCCGCUAUGGAUCGUCUACCAGCGCGGACCAGACGGCGCGUCUUGCCACCAAAACAGUCGUGAUUGUCAUCCGCAGGAUCGGAGCCGGAGAGCUGAAAUCAUUUUUAUUUAUUUUUUGGGGGAGCGAUUUUGUUGUUGUUUUUGCUCUGCAAACUGGUGACCACAUGUGAGCGCCACUGGGGACCGAAGUUAUCUUUUCUCUCCCAUGGGGUGACCCACAUAGAGCUCCUGAGACGUGACUGUGGGACAGGCGUUCUCCCACCCAGCCCCUUCUUCCGGCACCUUCCCUCAAGGCGAUGUUCGUAGUCCCGGCGUAUUCCCUAGCACAACCUCGCCGAGUGAAUGAAUUUUUUUCGUGAAGCCGCCGUGCUGUGCCAGCCCGUCGCCAUGAGGAGCAGAUACUCCCAGUACUACAACCGGACUCUGAUCCCCUACUACUACGUGUUCGCCAAGAACAUGACCAUCGAGGAGCUGGACAAGCGCUACGAGGACAAGAAGGUACUGACGGACCCCAGCAUCAUCAUUGUGGUCCUGUGCACCAUCAUCAUCCUGGAGAACCUGCUGGUGCUCAUCGCCGUGUGCCGCAACAAGAAGUUCCACUCGGCCAUGUUCUUCUUCAUCGGCAACCUGGCCUUCUCCGACCUCUUGGCCGGCUCGGCCUACAUCGCCAACAUUUUCCUGUCGGGCUCGCGUACCUUCGACCUGGUGCCCGUGCAGUGGUUCAUCCGCGAGGGGACGGCGUUCAUCGCCCUGGCAGCGUCGGUCUUCAGCCUCCUGGCCAUCGCCAUCGAGCGUUACAUCGCCAUCACCAAGGUCAAAGUGUACGGCUCCACCAAGACGUGUCGCAUGUUCCUGCUCAUCGGAGCUUGCUGGGUGACGUCCAUCCUGCUAGGUGGGCUGCCCAUCAUUGGCUGGAACUGCAUCGACAACCUCCCCGUGUGCUCCGCCGUGCUGCCGCUCUACUCCAAGAAGUACAUCCUCUUCGUGGUGACCAUUUUCAGCCUCAUCCUGCUCUCCAUCGUCAUCCUCUACGUGAAGAUCUACUUGAUCGUGCGCUCCAGCCACCAAGAAGCCACAAACUCCCCCGCCUACGCCCUCUUGAAAACGGUCACCAUCGUGCUGGGCGUCUUCAUCAUGUGCUGGCUGCCCGCCUUCACCAUCCUCCUCCUGGAUUCGUCGUGCACGAUCCAGUCCUGCCCCAUCCUCUACAAGGCCAACAUCUUCUUCGGCUUCGCCACGCUCAACUCGGCGCUCAACCCGGUCAUCUACACGCUGCGGAGCAAGGACAUGCGCAAGGAGUUCCUGCGCGUGCUUUGCUGCUGGGGGGUGCUGCAGAGCGGGCGGCCCGCCGACCGGUGCAUGGUGCCGCUCAAGAGCUCCAGCUCUCUGGAGCACUGCACGCACAAACACGAACACCAGACCACGCCCAUCAUGCAAGACUGCACCACUUGCGUGUGACGGCGGCCCGAAAAAAACAAAAAAGAGAGCGGAUGCAAUCGUGUGAACUCGCAAUCAAAUGGCGCCCGUGUUGGGGUGUGAGACCACUUUUUAACACCAACAAAAACUCCAAAUUGUGGGUGCUUUGGAAAUGUGAAACUGUUCAUGGGUACUCUGAUGAAAUCAUAUUUAUGCUCCCCUCUCUCUGUUAGCCUGGAUUUACACUGCAAGGUGUGACACAAAUAUGAUUAUUAUUAUUAUUUUUAGCUCUCAAGUGGCACAGUUGGGUUAUUAACUAGAAAUAAAUAAAUAGAAUCGGAUAUCCUAGUGGUGCGCACAUCUGCCUCGCAGUUCUGAGGUCCAGGUUCGAAUUGCGGUUUCCUGUGUGCUUGUGUGACUUUUCUUCGUGUACUCCAGCCUUCUCUGACAUUCCAAAAACAUGCAUGUUAGAUUCUUGGAAGACUAUAUUGUCCGUAGGUUUCAAUGUCUGUGUGAAUGGUUGUUUGUCUAUACGUGGCCUGGAAAUGGCUGGCGACCAGUCCAAGCUGUAUCCCGCCAGAAGUCAACUGGGACAGGCUCCGGCUCACCUGCGAUCCUAACGAUGAAAAGCACAAUAGAAAAUCUUCCAAAUGUGGAUUAAAAUCCAAUCGGUAUUAGAUAGCUGACAAUGUGAGUGCAGUGUAAAUGCACAGAUCAGAUAUACCAUGAUGAGCUCGACAUCUUUGAAGUACAGCGCUGCCUAGAAAUAGGAGUGACCCGACUGACGAGAUUUUCGAGCUACGACUCGCGAGCGCCAACUGGAGAUACGAGCGCCGUAUGGUGGCAGUGAACUCAAUUCAACUCACUUCACAAUAAGCAGCAGUUUGACAAAUAUUAAACAAUGCAUCAAAAAAGAGGCUGAGAGCUAUUUAAUGCUACUCUCAGUUCAAGUUCACCGUCCUACUAACGUUGUGGAUUUAAAACAACGGCGUCCAGUUGAGUGAUGCUAAGGUUACACGCAUUGAAAUUAAUGGGUCGGAAGAGGCAGCGCAGGCCAUAAACGCUACGUAACGUUUAAUGUUUGCAUUGAUCAAUUAUUGUUUAGCUCUUUGUUGCCACUGCCCAGUGUUGACGUUUGUGUUGUUAAUUCUGUGCAUGUGUUCUGUCCGUGUAAACACUACCAUAUGGGCUAUGUGUCACUCGGAAUGUACAUAUAGACGCAUAUGUGCAUGAAAUUGGAAUUGAGCACUUGGACAUGCAGUGUAAAUCCAGCCUUAGAAGCCAAAAACAAAAAGACACGCUUAAUACCACAUUUGAAAGUGUGUUGUUUCGCGCCGUCUUCAACGCAAAGCUUGCAGCGUUGCACUUUUGUAGCUUGUAGGCCAAGCGCCUGACGCCCGACGUCCUCGUGUUUUACAUUUGGGAUUUCCUCUGAAUUAAUGAAUGAGAAGUAAAAACUCUUGACGAUGCUAUGAUUGUAACACGAGCCAUAUGAUUGCUGUUUCUCUGCGUUGUAUUGUACUUGAUAAAGAUAUGAACUCGUGUACGCUUUAAACAACAAAACAAAAAUGUAUCCAAAACAAAAAAGGUGAAUACAGGACAUAAUAGGCCUUCAUAUUUAUAAACCAUUCCACAAUGCACGCCAUCGGCUAAAAGCAGCGCUAUAUAGUCCCAAUAUAACCAUACAUAAAACCCAUUUGACUAACCAUAACCUUCUUCCUUGUAAUGCAUGGAAUUGUAGCUCAUUACAUGUGUAUGAUGUAUUCCAGCCUUGCAUCACUAACCCCCCUUUCCUUUUUUUUAUUUUUACGCUUGUCUUGUGUAUCUUAAUGGUUUCCUUCAAGGGAAAGCACAUUUCCUCCAGUGAUAUGCUUUAACUGGUUUAUUUUUCUGACAGUGUUGUUAGCAACGUCUCUCUGUUUGCGCUGUCCCACUUGGGACUUUGGCUGAAUGUAUGCAUGAAGAAGAAGAAGAAGAAGGCGAAGAAGAGGAGGGGGAGGUUUUGGGGCAGGGGUCCCGCAGUCGACAGUAUUACUGCUUAUCCUGGCUCACUGUGAAGUCUUAAAAUAAAAGAAAAAGCGUCCCGGUUUCAUUUGCUCGCCAUAUGUCUCGUGUGCAACCCGAGCUGUAAAUGCCUCCACUAAGAAAAUGUUUAAAAAAAAAACGUGGGACCAGAUCUGGUUUCAACCACACCGAGCGAGCCUGGGAGGUCAGCAUCAUCCUCAUUCUCUACGACUUCCUGCUGCCGUAGGAAGUCCUGUUGUGUUGGUUUAUUCCCAUCGUCCGGUUCCUGUUGUUCAGGAUUAUACUCCCGUUCUUCCUGUGUGUUUUAUUUUUAUUACAAAGAAUAAUUUUAAAAAAUAAAAAUAAAUCCCAGUCAUUCACACUCACACAGCCCAGUAGGAAUGGUGAAAAGCACUUUGGCAGCUUCAGUGAUGUCAUUUGUAUUUGUUUUUAUUUUUUUUUAGGCGUCUGCCACGUGUAUCACUUUUGUCGUGUCGCCUGACUAUAAAUAUAUGAACAUGUAUGUAAGUAUGUAUGUAUGUACAGUUUAUACGCGUGUGUUUGUGUAUGAAAAUGUGUCUCGUGUGCAAUAGCCUUUUGUUUGUGUCCUGUAGCACGCCGCCUGUGUCCAUUUGGUACAAUCUGAAACACUAAUGUAGGUACAUUGUUUUAGUUUUAUUGCAUUUCUUUUUUUUUUU